AUGUCGACAGCAAAAAAAACUCAAGAAGUGAAAACUAAGAAACCGAUUAGACAGACAAGACUUGAAAGAACUACAAACCGAAAGGCUUCUCCACCUAAAAUUACUAUGAAUAAGGAUAUUGAAACCUGCAGCAAAUUGUCACCGAAUAGUCAAAAUUCUGACAGCGACACUGAGGAUGUAUUACCAAAUAUUGGCAGCAGUUCUCUUAGAGCAAUCAUCAGGGAUGAAAUAAAUCGUGCCAUUAAAGACUCAAUAACUGUUCUUGUAAAUGAACAAUGUGCGAGAAUCAACGACAUUGUGGCUGAAUUUAAAGUGUCCCUGUCUUUUUUCAACACAAAAUUUGAGGAAAUGAAGAAAACUAUCGAAGUAAAGUCCGCGGAAAUACUAAAAUUACAAAAUGAUUCUGCUGGGCUUCAAAAGUCUCUUACUGAAGUUACUAAGCGCAUGAAUAUACUGGAACAGCACGCACGCUCCAACAAUAUUGAAAUACAAUGUGUGCCUGAACAUCGCACAGAGAACGUUGUGAACACCGUGCUCCAACUCGGAAAAAUUAUAAAAUGCGAAGUCAAAGACACCGAUAUCCAGCUAUGCACAAGGACUGCAAAGAGGGAUACUCAGAACGUGAGACCAAGGUCGAUCCUCGUCAAAUUCAAUAAUCCACGAAUGAGAGAUUCCUUCCUAGCGGCAAGCAUUGAAUUUAAUAAGAAUAACUCGAAAGCAAAACUCAACACCUCACACCUUGGUAUAGCUGUUGACAAACCAGAACCAAUUUACGUCGUCGAACACUUGUCCCCGGAAAAUAAGGCACUUCAUGCAGCGACACGUAUUAGGGCUAAAGAACUGUGUUACAAGUUCGUAUGGGUUCGCUAUGGAAAAGUGUUUAUAAAAAAGGAUGAAACUUCUGAAACUGUACUGAUUAGUGGCACUGAUAAACUUAGUUCACUUGUUUAA